GAACCACUGUUGAGAACAUCCUGGAGUAAAUUGUACAAAGUGUUUCUCAUACAGGUCAGGUUGCUGUGAUGGCGGUGAAGCUGCAAGGCUUUGAGUUCUGGAAGACCACGCUGAGGGGGGCGCGUUACGUCGUUGCACCCAUGGUGGACCAGAGCGAACUGGCCUGGCGUCUACUGAGCCGUCGCCAUGGCGCCGAGCUGUGCUACACGCCCAUGCUGCACGCGCAGGUGUUUGUACGCGACGCCAACUACAGGAAAGACAACCUGUACAGCGAAGUCUGCCCCGAAGACAGGCCGCUUAUUACACAGUUCUGUGCCAACGACCCAGAGGUGUUUGUCCAGGCAUGUCUACUGGCUCAGGACUACUGUGAUGCUAUCGAUCUCAACCUGGGAUGCCCACAGAUGAUCGCCAAGAGAGGGCACUACGGAGUCUUCCUACAGGAUGAGUGGGAGCUGCUGGAGAAGAUGGUGAAGCUAGCCAAUGAGAAGAUCUCUGUUCCCAUCACCUGUAAGAUCCGUGUGUUUAACAAGAUGGAGGAGACUGUUCAGUACGCUCAGAUGCUGGAGAAGGCUGGCUGCCAGCUGCUGACCGUCCACGGUCGGACCAAGGACCAGAAAGGACCUGCGACAGGCAUCGCUAGCUGGGAACACAUCAAGGCUGUACGGAACGCUGUUAACAUCCCUGUGUUCGCUAACGGUAACAUCCAACACCUGAGUGAUGUGAAGCAGUGUAUGGAGGAGACUGGAGUACAGGGGGUGAUGAGUGCAGAGGGGAACCUCCAUAACCCAGCUCUGUUUGAGGGUCACAGCCCUCCUGUAUGGGAGAUGGCUGAGGAGUAUCUAGAGGUGGUCAGUCAGUACCCUCCCUGUACCCUGUCCUAUGUCCGAGCACACCUCUUCAAGCUCUGGCACCACACGCUGCAGAUCCACAAGGACCUGAGAGAGGAGCUGGCCAAGGUGAAGAACCUGCAGGGGCUGACAGAGGUCAGCAGACAACUCAGACUACGCUGCCAGGAGGAGAGUAGCCAAUGGAGGCGGGAGGCGGGGCAGGUGGUUGGGCUGCCAUUCCCUCAUUGGAUCUGCCAGCCGUACGUCAGACCAGUGCCGAAGGCUCGGUUGCUAACAGCAACGGUACCCAGGAAGGCAGGGUGUCCUAAGAGGCGUUGUCACAAGGACUCGGACGGGCGUGCGAUGCCCUCUCCAAAAACAAACAGAAGAAAGAAAGCCAGAAACCCCACAAGAACUUCUGUCACGAGCAGAAGCCAAAGUACAUCAAGUGUGAGCAGUGUGGAAAUCCAAAGCAACCUCUUCACCCUGUUCCUCCUCUUCACCCUGUUCCUCAUUGCCAUGUGUCGCAACCUCUUCACCCUGUUCCUCAUUGCCAUGUGUAGCAACCUCUUCACCCUGUUCCUCAUUACCAUGU